CGCCAUUGGCCGGACUCGGACCCCGCCGGCCCGCCAUCUGGGCGCGGACGCCAACGACGCGGCAGGCCAAGUCGCGACGCUACCACCAGCUCCCAUUCUCCUCAGACGCCAUGGAGGAAGCCAACGACCACAGGUCCUCCUCCACCGCCGGCCGCCCCUUCCUCUCUGGCUUCUGCGCCGCGGCGCUCCGCCGCAAGCCCCUCGGCGCCCACGGCUCCGCCGCCGCCACCGGCGAGGGCCUCGUGCGGCAGCUCGGCGCCGUUGAGCUCGUGCUGCUCGGGAUCGGUGCGUCCAUCGGCGCCGGCAUAUUUGUCGUCACUGGCACCGUCGCCCGCGACGCCGGCCCAGAAGCAGUGCAAUGACGCAGUGAUUUUGGGCGAUCGUUCACGCUUGUUGUGGAGCAUUACGGAAGUACUAGAUUGUUUGGCUACUUCAAACGCUCCAACUGAAGUGUUGCUUUAUUUGCCUAAGUGCCUUCUCCUCU